AUGUCUUUUGACUACAAUAAUCGUCACGUUACCAAUCAUGAUAUGCAAUUUCUACUGAAUUUACGAUUUGAUGAAUCAGUCUGUAAUGAAUUUUUACCAGUGUCAUUCGUAUCGUCACGAGAUAAGUUAUGGAAAUUGUAUAAACAGCCGAAUGAAGUCAAUUCAGGACGUGAAUUUUAUCAAGAAAGAAAAGUAACGAAAAUUACAGUGCCUAAGACAGACAGUAAACGAAAGGUUUAUAACAAACCACAAAUAUGUAGUCAGAAUUCGAGCGAAUUUACUGUAAAAGGUUAG